AUGCACCCAUACGUUGACCCAAAUCCGGAAAUCGAAUUCGAAGAGCAACUGGAUGGUUCGAACGAAGGGAAUGUCUUCAAAGUCAAAAUCAACUCGCAGCCUUUCGCUCUCAAAGUGUUCAAAUAUUUCAAUGUGUCGGAGGCACGCAAGGAAUUCGAAACGCCCAUAGACGAAGAAAUUCCCAACGAGAUCGUCGAGAUGCACUGCGAUCCGUUUUACGCAGAGUGCCGCGCUUACGGUCGCAUCAACGAAUUUUACAAUGACACCAUCCCGGAAGAGUACGAAGAGGCCCUCCGAGAGUUUCUCCCUAAGCAAACACAGGGAGGAGAAAAGGCAGUCCUUGCAGCCCAGUGUUAUGGUUACCUGCAUCUUUCUGCCGAGGACGAAGAGAGUUUGAGCGAGAAGUACCCCGACUUGGACUGGCGAAGCGAUGAAGAGGAUGAAGGGAAACCUCUCCGAGCGCUCGUGAAGCAGCUCAUUGACCCCAUCGAUGACGAAGGCCAGCCAGACACACUUCAGAUGUACGACGGCAUGCGGACAUUGCAUCGUAUUGGGAUCUUUCCAAACAACAAUUCUCCCCCGAGUUACCGGGAUGGUCGCUUUAUGAGCUUCAGCGGCUCAUAUACUGUGCCUCAUUGCGCUAUUCAGGCUCUGCCAGAAGUUCAGGCCGAGGCAGACUUUGAGAUGCAGCGGGUCGACAGGAUGAUCGAUGAGCAGGGAAUCGAACCAUCAAUGGCAGCAGUGUAUUAA